CCAGCUCUUCCUGGUGCGCUGUUGCAACACCGACUCACUCUGCCUCACUGUUCCCCUCCCACCUCCUCUCUCCUUCUCUCUAAUUUUCUCAGAAUUCUCUGCACCCGGGCUCCAGUUCUAGCCUUUGGGGCUCAAGAUCACCGGGACCGGGCCGUCGUCUCUAUGCCCGAGUCUCAGCCCUCAAUUGUCAUCUCCAGACACUUGUGAUGUCCCGGACAGACCGAGAGGAGACUCAGGAAGCCUCCUGCGCUGCCACUGCCACACUGCCCUGAGCCCAAAUGGGGGAGUGAGAGGCCAUAGGUGUCUGGCAUGGGCCUCCCCAUCGUGCCUGACCUGCUGCUGCCACUGGUGCUCCUGGUGCUGCUGGUGGGAGUAAACCCCUCAGGGGUUAUUGGACUGGUCCCUCACCUCGCGGACAAGGAGAAGAGAGAUAGUGUGUGUCCCCAAGGAAAAUAUAUCCACCCUCAAAAUAAUUCUGUUUGCUGUACCAAGUGCCACAAAGGAACCUACUUGUACAACGACUGUCCAGGCCCAGGGCAGGACACGGACUGCAGGGAGUGUGAGAGCGGCUCUUUCACCGCUUCAGAGAACCACCUCAGACACUGCCUCAGCUGCUCCAAAUGCCGAGAGGAAGUGGGCCAGGUGGAGAUCUCUCCUUGCACAGUGGACCGGGACACCGAGUGUGGCUGUGGGAAGAACCAGUACCGGCAUUAUUUUAAUGAAAACUUUUUCCAGUGCGUCAACUGCAGCCUCUGCCUCAAUGGCACCAUACAUAUCCACUGCCAGGAGAAACAGAACACCGUGUGCAACUGCCAUGCAGGGUUCUUUCUAAGUGAAAACAAGUGCGUCUCCUGUAGUAACUGUAAGAAAGACCUGGACUGCACGAAAUUGUGCCUACCCUCGACUGAGGAUGUUAAGCGCCCUGAGGACCCAGGCACCGCAGUGCUGUUGCCCCUGGUCAUCUUCUUUGGUCUUUGCCUUUUAUCCCUCCUCUUCAUCGGUUUAAUGUAUCGUUAUCAACGGUGGAAGCCCAAGCUCUACUCCAUUGUUUGUGGGAAAUCAACACCUAAAAAAGAGGGAGAGCUUGAUGGAACUACUUCUAAGCCCCUGGCCCCAACCCCAAGCUUCAGUCCCACUCCAGACUGCAUCUCCACCGUGGGUUUCACUCCCAUGCCCAAUUCCAUCUUCACCUCCAGCUCCCUCUAUACCCCUGGGGACUGUCCCAACCUCGCGGCUCCCCACAGAGAGAUGGCACCACCCUACCAGGGUGCUGACCCCAUCUUGGCCCCAGCCCUCGCCUCUGCCCUCAUCCCCACCGCGCUUCAGAAGUGGGAGGACAGCGCUCACAAGCCACAGAGCGUAGACACCGACGACCCCGCGACGCUGUACGCCGUGGUGGACGGCGUGCCCCCCCUGCGCUGGAAGGAGUUCGUGCGGCGCCUGGGGCUGAGCGAACACGAGAUCGAGCGGCUGGAGCUGCAGAACGGGCGCUGCCUGCGAGAAGCGCACUACAGCAUGCUGGCGGCCUGGAGGCGGCGCACGCCGCGGCGCGAGGCCACGCUGGAGCUGCUGGGCCGCGUGCUCCGCGACAUGGACCUGCUGGGCUGCCUGGAGGACAUCGAGGAGGCGCUGUGCGGCCCCGCCACCCUCCCGCCCGCGCCCGAUCUUCUCAGAUGAGGCUGCGCCCCCGUGGGCAGCUCGAAGGACAGUCGCUGCGAAACCCCCUUCUGGAGAGGUGGGGUGCUGGAGGAGCAGGCAGGGGCCGGCAGCCGCCUGCUUGGUGCUACCCUCUAGAUGUACAUAGCUUUUCUCCGCUGUCUGAGCGUGGCCUGCAGUCAGCGCUGUGCGCUGCGCGCGUGGGGAGAGGUGUGCCGCGGGCUCAAGAGCCCGGGAGAGGCAGUGUGCCAAGAGCCUGAGUGGGAGUUUCGGGGACGAGGGGCGCGGUGCCUCAUGUCUUGGGUGUUCUCACCAGCAAGACUGCUCGGGGACCCCUGGUUUCUCCCUGAGCCUUUUUCAUACAUAAGCAGUCUUUUUUUUUUUUUUUUUUUUUUUUAAAGCAAUCAUGUUACACUAAUAGAAACUUGGCGCUCCUGUGCCCUCUGCCUAGACAAGCACAGAGCAGGAUGAACUGUCCCAAGGCAGGGGUGAACACAGAACAAUGGGGCCUUCAGUUGGAGCUGUGGACUUUUGUAAAUGCACUAAAUCUCGGAAAUUAAAGCUCUGCUCUUGGA